AUGGAUGGGCCGUCGUCAUCGAUCACCGACGUGGAGGCCACUACGCCGCCGCUGAAUGAGCCGGAGGAGUUGCAGCAGGGGCGACAUCAGGACACAGUGCAGCGUGAAGCACAAGGGGAUGCAGCACCACUCUUCUUUUUGGGUGACUCUGCCUUCAGCGUGUAUGAAGAGAUGGCGAGGCAGCUGCGUCAGCUGGGGUGGAGAGAGACGCUAUCGAAGGGGCUCAUCGUGCGGUGCGAUCUCGUCCUGGGCGACCGCUUCACGAUUCCCUACUCGCUGCUGCAGUGUGAGCGGUUGCCGGCGACCUCACGGUACGGCGGGUACCGCUACAUCAACUACUUUCGUGGCUCGCACAAGCUGACGCUCAAGGCGUCCAUGGCGCGGAUCGUUGCCGCCUCUGAUGUCACGCAUGCUGAGUGGAUGCCGGCCUCCUUUGUGCUGGGCGGCGACCAGCGAAAGCGGCCGGACGAUAGAGAGGUCUUCCUGCAGUGGGUGGAGAAGCGGCCGGAGGAGGUGUGGAUCAUCAAACCGAGUAGCGGCUGCAAAGGGAAGGACAUUCUGCUGAUACGCAGCCCCGCGGAGAUCGCGGCGUUCAUCCAGACGUUGGCCCCGCACAACCGCAGCAUCUUCGUGGCGCAGCGGUAUGUGGACCACCCGUUGUUGUACCACGGCAGGAAGUUUGACGUCCGUGUGUGGGCUUUUCUAAAGACCCCGUACGACAUCUACGCCUUCGCACAAGGCAGCUGCCGCACCUCGAGUGUGCUGUACGACGCUGGCGACGUUGGUGACACGCUGGCUCACCUGACGAAUCAUUGCCUGCAGGAAAGCUCCCCGCAAUUUGGGCAGUACGAGGACGGCAACGAGGUUUGGUUCCCGCAGCUUGCGGCGUACCUGCGCGAGGCGUACAAGGAGGACGUCCUUGGCAGGCGGAUUUUUCCGCAGAUCUGCAACAUCAUUGUGCGCACCCUGCUGGCGAUGCGGGGGGAGCUGGAGGUGCUGCCCGAGAUACCAUAUCGGUGCUUUCAGCUUUUCGGGUACGAUCUCAUCAUUGACGACCAGCUGAACGUUUUCUUGCUGGAGAUCAACGGCUCCCCUGGUGUGGCGACGAAGUAUUUAGAGCCUGUCGUGCGGGGAGCCCUCGCGCUUGUGCGCGGCGACGAUGCACCGCGCGAGUGGGACGUUGACGCUGUACGGUUUGUGAAGUUGUGGGGUGCCGAAGACGCCCUUCCCGACGGGCUAGCACUGGAGUAA